UUGCUGAUAAGCCGACAUACCACAUGUAAAAUAAAUAUUAUUAAAAUGUAUUUAUAAUUCUUUAUUCUUUCCCAGGAUUUAUGCUGUGAAGAUGUACUAAGAAUAGUUAUUAAGCUUCAAAGCAAAACAGAUCAAGGCUACACACCUCUACGAUUUAAUGCAUUUUGAAAGGAAGCUUUUUUUUGUUAAUCAUGUUGAUAGCUGAACGUAUACUCAAGUAUGAUUCUUUCCUCGUUUAUUAACCCCAGAUUAGCCAGGACUGUUAUAGGUGUAACAGCUUUCUGUUUUUGGAUACCUAUGCUGCUAUUAAUUUAUGGACAAAUGGAUGACUUGAAAAGAACAGAUUUUCAUAUGAUCAAGAAACAACAACAAUCAUUAGGGGCAAAUGUUUCAGAAACCUCUUUUUCUAUAUUAUUUUAUGCUACACCUGUUUGGUUUACUCCUAAAUCUUUCGAUUUUGAUAAAUGUAGCUACAGAAACUGCAAAUUAACAGAAGACAAAAAACUACUUUCCACCAGUGAAGCUGUAAUUUUUCAUCAUACUUCAUUUUCAGCAUUGCCAGAAAAGCCAAAUGGUCAAGUAUGGAUAUUUGCUACUUUAGAGAGUCCAUAUCUUACUUAUACACGCUUUCAAACUGAUAAAUUAAAGAGGAAAUUUAAUUGGACAAUGACGUACCGAAAAGACUCGGAAGGGUUUUCACCGUAUAUAAUUUUGAAGAAACGACUUCACAUUCCAGUAAAAAAUUACCCUUCUAUAUACAUGAAUAAAACAAAAAACAUUGCUUGGAUCGUGAGCAACUGUCGAACUCAAUCAAAUCGAGAAGCUUAUGUGAAAGAACUAUCGAAAUAUAUUGAUGUUGAUAUUUAUGGAAAAUGUGGGAAACCCUGUUUAUUCAAAGAAGAUUGUAAAACACAUUUAAGUAAAAGUCACAGAUUUUAUCUUUCUUUUGAAAAUGCAUUAUGCAGGGACUAUAUGACAGAAAAAAUAGCAAACAUGUACAAUUCUGAUAGAAAUUUUAUUCCAAUCGUUCGAGGUGCACCUAAUACAGGAGAUUAUUUGCCACAAAAGACAUAUAUUUCAACGUCAGAUUUUGAGUCACCCCAGAAACUGGCGGCGUUUCUAAAGAUGUUAGGCCGCAAUGAAACACGUUAUAUUUCAUAUUUGAAAGAAAAAGACAAAUAUGUGGAUAUAUAUGGAAAGUUAAAAGCGGGACUUUGUGAUAUAUGUUAUCAUUUAAAUGUUAAAAAACAAAAGCCAAAAACUAUAGAUUUAAACAAAUGGCUAUGGGAAAAUCAGUGCCAUACGCCAAAUGACAUACCCACUUAAAGUGAUGAAAUUGUUUGGAACAUAUUUGACAUUUGAAAUGCUUUACCAAUUGCAAUAUUUUGUGUUUAUGUCAUGUUUUGAGAAAUUUACUUUUUCAAUGUAGAUUAAAUCUAACUGUAUUUCUUGUCAUAAAUUAUAUUAAGUAAAUAUAUUUACGACGUCGAA